AUGAACGCUGCCAGAACGCAAACUGCAACAACUGCUGCACCAUCAACAGCAUCCAAAUCGUCAUCAGCAUCAUCCAACCACGCAUCGAUGGCUGCAACAACAACAUCUCUUACACCAAAGCUAGCAAUAGUAACAGCAACAACAAUCACAACCGUAAAAGCGGCUAUAGAGAGGGACGAGAGCAGGCCAUUUGACCCAAAGCAGCAACGGCAGCCGCAAAUUGGGCAAAGUAAAGAAAGCGCGAAGUUUGAAAGGCAACCAGAACAAAACAUUUGCAGUGAAAUGCAAACUCGAGUAGAGACAAAUGAACAACAAGUAUUAAUUGCUGAUACGCCAACUGUUGUUGCUGCAGUGGGCAGAGCAAAUACUUACAAUAGUCACAAGUCAGAAACACAACAACAACAACAACAACAAUAUGAACAGCGGCAAUAUCAGCAGCAACAGCAAAAAUUUAGCAAGCAGAAUGAUGACGAAACUUGGAAAAAGCAAGGAUGUAGCGGUAAACACGCAGUCGACAACGACAACAACAACAACAACAACAAACACAGAGCUGCGCAUACCAGCGGCAACAAUGGCAGCGACAACGGUGAUGAUGCUGAGGAUGAUGAUGUUGGUGAUGAUAGGUGGCAAAAACAACAACAAAAACAGCAGCAGUAUACAACAUUUGGCAACAAUAAUACGAAGAAUGUAAUAAACAACAACAAUAGUAGUAGCAACAGAAAAGCAUACAACUCAUCUGUAGCAGUGUUGGGUAGGCGUUCGCACGAACACACCCCCCUUUGUUCACCCACUUCCGGUUCGAGCGGAAGUGAAGCUGUGGAGCAUACGAAAAUUUCCAAACCAACGAAGAUAGCGACGCCGCAUAACCCAACAGCGAUAAGGCCGACAACUGCAAUUCAAAAGCAUUUGCGACGUUUCGAAUUGGAGAUUUAA